CAUAAAGGAAUAAUUUUGACCUGAAGUUGUCUGUCUUAGAGACAGCUAAUUUGUUUAUCUGUAUCCAGAGUGAAAUCUCUAUUCAUUUGUACGUAAGUCCCAGGUGGAGAAACCUGCGUUAAUCACAUUGACAAAAAGAAUGUUUAACUGCAAUUGGACAGAAAAUGGCUGGUCUGUUAACGUAAGUUGGAUUUAGUUUAUUUUAAAACUUAAUUUAUAUUAUUUAAUAGGGAUAUGUAAAAUUGAAUCAAAUGCUCGUUAUUAAAAUAUUUUAAGAAAUUAAAAUUUUUCAUCAAACCAGUAGAUAAAUGUUUUAUGGUACAGAUUCUUUGAGAGCGCAGUAGUCGCUCAGUUAAUCAGAAGGUACUCGUCCGCUUUGUAUGGUGUCCAGUGGUUCAUUGCUGCGUUCGCAGGACAUCUCUGGCCAUGUCCAGAGUCAAACGAAUGCAGUUCACACCAACUCGCGUUUUAGUACACUCCCACAUUUCACAUCUUGGACCACGAGUAGAUUUUUCGGCGAGGAGUUUACACGAACAAGGACCACAGCCCCGAAUAUAUCUCUAGGGUUUGAGUCCAGGCGAAGAUGGUUUCUGUAGCUCGGAAACUCAGCACGACAGAAUAACGGCGCAAACAAUUUGUCAAAUUUCCCGCAGUUUUACCUUGGGAAACUGCUAGUCAUAAUAUUAUUUAGUUGUAUAAAUUACCGGUGCAGUGCAAGGAGGUGUAAGUUCUAAAAGCCGAGGAAACUAAGAACAAUAUUAGAAAUAAACGGGACACAGUUGUCGCAGAAUUUCGCUGCAUUCAAAUGCACGCGAGAUGUCGCCCAGAUAACGUCAAACAAAGGAGAUCAAAUUGAAGUAUCAGGCUUCGGAGAUGUGGUGACGAAAACUUGCAGUGCCCGAGGACGCAAUGGGGAAUAAGUUGAGUUGCUCAUGUGCGCCGCUCAUCCGGAAGGCGUACCGAUACGAGGACUCACCGUGGCAGACGUCCCGGCGUCGCGACGGCCACCUGCUCAGGCUUUGGGCCGAGGUGUUCCAUGUCAGUGCGAGUGGGGCAGGCACAGUGAAAUGGCAACAAGUAUCAGAGGACCUCGUCCCAGUCAACAUCACGUGCAUACAGGACUCGCCCGAGUGCAUGUUUCACAUUACAGCUUACAACAGCCAGGUUGACAAGAUACUCGACGUUCGACUAGUCCAGCCAGGAACGCGUAUUGGCCAAGCAUCUGAAUGCUUUGUGUACUGGAAAGACCCGAUGACCAAUGAUACAUGGGGUCUCAACUUCACGUCACCAAUAGAUGCCAAACAAUUUAGGGAAUGUUGCUCACCAUCUUUCAAAUUCUCACGAAAGGCGUCCUCGUCGUACUCGCUGAAGCUGGAUCCACCGAACAAGCAACAGAAGAAACCGAAGCGGAAGCCCUUGUCGACCCCGGCCUCGCCAAGUCGGUCACGUGAGCCUCAGUGCACGUGCAUGACCGCGGAACAAUACGAGCGCCUGCGCACACAGGACCCGCGUUACAAAGGUUCCGCGACGCUCCCCCGCGCUCAGACGCGAGCGACGGAGACGGAUCCCAGCGCCCGCGGGGACAAAGUGACUUCGGCGACGUCGAGCACGUCUCUGUACGAUAACGUGGGCAGCGGAGGGAAGCCGACGCCCCAGCAGCAACGCGGUACGGACGCCGCGCGUCAGACUAGAGACCGCGGAACCCAACAGCAGAACCAGGACAUCGCUCAGACGACGCCCUCUUCUGCCGCCACGACGUCUUCCGGGAAGACGUCCGUCGGCACUCAGAACCACGUGGGCUCGCAGGUUGGCCAGGAAACUCACGAGGCGUCGAAGAGCGAGGGCACUCAAGCUGGUGGCACCUUGCAAGGCAGCAAGAAGAAGGAACAACACCACAUCCUGACCGCCUCCAAGUCUAUAGACUACCCCGACAUGGACAUGGUACGAGAAGCCGAGCUCCGCGCGGCCCACCACCUCAACGUCAACAACAACAACAACGACAACAACAACAACAAUAAUAAUAAUAAUAACAACAACAACAGGAGAGCCAAGAGUAAGAGCGCGGAUGACAUGAACGUCGGAGGUCGAGGCGAAGGGAACAUCAGCCUGGACUCGGACACGCUGAAGAGGAUGCUGAAGCCGAUGACGUCGGCGGAAAGCCCCGUCACUUCCCCGGAAAUGACCCGUCGGAGGUGCAACUAUUACAACAGCCAUCACGGCGGCAAUAACAACGGCCGCCACGUGCUGUCGGAGCCGGAGUCGAAUCACCACCACAAGAUCUCGGGAGGAAGAUUCUCCGGCUCGAGGUCCUCGCACGAGAUCGGACGCGGCGGAGGCGGAUAUCCUGGAGGACGCGGCCUGUACCUGGAGCUGGAGAGGAAUGGAGGCGGAGGCGGUGACUUAUCACCGCCCUCCGACAACGUCCUCUUCGACAACCAAUGCUACGCCACGACCCCCAGCUCGAGUAACGGCAACUCGGACCUGGACCAGCCGUCGCAUUACCACAACUCGACGUCGACGCCGACGCCGGGCUCGCCCACCAGCCGCCUGCUGCUCGAAUACGAGAUGCAUCUGAGGAAUACCUUAGCCAAGGGCAUGGACGCGGAAAGUUAUAGUCUGCACACGUUCGAAGCCCUGCUCACACAGAGCAUGGAGAACCUAGAGUUUGCAGAGAGCUUACCAGGGUCAACUGCACGAAGUCCCUACCCUUCCAGGAGACGUCCGUGUAGCAGCGCCAGUAUGAACAAGUCCUCCACCUUGCCUCUGCCACAUCGCAUCGGCCUUGAUCGACCCACUGACCGCGAGGGUUACUACAGUGACCGAAACGAACUCAUCAGAGAGCGAGAACGAGAAAGGGGCUACCUCAGCGACCACAACUCCAGGUGCACGUCCUGUCUCGGAGAAUCUGCCCGUGCCCAGUGGUUCCGUCACUCCGAUGGCUGGAGGUCGGGCUCCGUGCAGAGCACUCACAGGCGCUCACCUUGGGACUCUCUGCCCUCCCUGCGACACGAGGGCAGUCUGGGGGACAGCGGAUACAAGUCCAACCGCGCGGAUUCAUUCGAGCAGAGGGGGCUGUUUGACCGCCAGGACAGUCUACGUUCUGACUACAUGAGUGACCGGGAGUCUCGCUAUGGCAUCGUGCAGCAGGCGUCCAUCGAGAGCACGGAUUCACGUCUCUGCUAUCUUACGUCAUCUGAGAUGUCGGACGACGACCGGAUGUCCCUGACGACGGCGGUCAGCGACGAGGAGGAGAGCGUCCACAACUCGCCGUACCGCGCCAAGCAGACAGGCACCGCUGCCGCGUCCUUCAACUGCACAGGCGCCGUCAGGAAGGCGGGAUUCCUCAGCGUCAAGAAGUGGCUGCUUCGGAAAAAGCACCAGAUAGAGCUGGCGCGCAAGAGAGGCUGGAAGGGCUAUUGGGUGUGUCUGAAGGGCACAACCCUUCUCUUCUAUCCGUGUGACUCCCGAGAGGGACGCUCUGUCGAGGCGGCCCCCAAGCACCUCAUUAUCGUUGAUGGCGCCAUAAUGCAGCCCAUACCAGAACACCCAAAAAGGGACUACAUAUUCUGCCUCAGCACAGCUUUUGGGGAUGCUUACCUCUUCCAGGCUCCGUGUCAAGUUGAGCUGGAGAACUGGGUGAAUAGUAUCCAUUCUGCCUGUGCGGCUGCGUUUGCACGUCAUCGUGGUAAAACGGGCACGUUACACUUGCUGCAGGAAGAGAUCUUUCGUCUGGAGAAGGCCAUUGAAUCGGACCACAAACUGAAGCACAUGGCAGACCUACAGCAAAGCGUAGUGUCGGAUCCUGAAACAAAGCAGCAGAUCAACAACCAAAUUGUUCAGUGGGAGGAGAACCUGGAACGCCUACACUGUGAACAGUUCAGAUUGCGCUGUUACAUGGCGAGCUUGCAGAGCGGAGAACUUCCAAACCCAAAGAGUCUCUUGACCCACGUGUCUCGUGCUACAAAGAACACGUUGAACAAAUUAGGAGUGUUCACCGUAUCUUCGUUUCAUGCCUUCAUUUGCGCUCGGAGUCCGUCGCUACUGAACAAUCUUCUGGCAGGUCGUGGUGCUACCAAGCGAAGGCCUCCUAUGCUCUCGCGCUCAAAUUCUGGCUCUAGCCGGCGUUCACUCCAGAUGACAUCAAGGGAGGAGAGUGAAAAGACUGUCAAAGUAUCUCUGCCUGAUAAUCAGACUGCUCACGUGUACCUGCGGGAUGCAAUGUCCGUGGAGGAGUUCCUCGUGAGUGCUUGCGGUCGCAAGAAUUUAAACGCCAUGGAGCAUUUUGUCCGUGUCAAGAAAAGACGAGACAUGGAAGACCACAACUAUUUCGUUCCGCAUCGGACGGACCUCAUAGAAACAUACCUUCAUACGCACGAAAUUGUGGAGGUAUGCGCCAAAAUUCUCUACCAAGUGGAACUUCAGCGUACUACUCUGGAGCAGAUGUGGGGCUUCUCAGUGGAGGCAGAACUUAUAGAGAAUGCAGACCGACAGGACGAGCUCUGCUGCUACGUGAGUCGAGUGGAAGACAAGAGUGUGGCCAUGCAGAAUGGAAUCAUCAAGGGCGACGAGAUCAUGGUGAUCAAUGGUGCCAUCGUGAGCGACCUGGACAUGAUGUACCUAGAGAGUGUUCUGCAGGAGGAACUGGCCCUUUGCAUGAUGAUGCGCUCUUCACGCACAGAACCUCCGGACCUAGCCGGCAUCAUGAGGGCGACGGACGAUAUUAUCGAGAGCCUUGUGUGUCCUCCCCCUCCCUCAGAACCGCCCGCCAUCAGCGAGGAGAUGAUCUCUGGCCUGAUCGUCCCUGCGCCGGGUUGGAGUAAAGAAAUGUACUCACCUGAAACAGAGAGUUCUCCAGCACCUUCCAGUGACACUGGUAAAGCUACUUCUCGGACAAAUUCGUUCGAGAUUGAAAAUCUACUCAAGACAGCAGAACAAGUUACAGGAUUCUGCAGGUCACCAGUAGAAACUCGUAAGUCCAGUCCCACUGGGAGUGUUGCCAGCAGUCAGUCCCAGGCUCUGCUCACUCCUAGCCGUCAACUCUCAGACGCGGAGAAACUCCGAAAAGUAGUUCUGGAGUUGGUGGACACAGAAAGGACAUAUGUGAAGGUAGAAUGCAUUAUUUCAUGUUUCCUGAAAGAAAAUUAUACAGCAGAACAAGUUACAGGAUUCUGCAGGUCACCAGUAGAAACUCGUAAGUCCAGUCCCACUGGGAGUGUUGCCAGCAGUCAGUCCCAGGCUCUGCUCACUCCUAGCCGUCAACUCUCAGACGCGGAGAAACUCCGAAAAGUAGUUCUGGAGUUGGUGGACACAGAAAGGACAUAUGUGAAGCCUGUAUAUGCCUUAUUAUGUGCAAGAAACAUUCAUUUUGCUAUUCUUUGUAAUGCUUUGUGCCGUCUGCAGAAUGUGCUGUUCUCUGUGGGCAGUGCAUUCCUCUACUACGUGAAUCACUUCAAACUCUACAGCUCCUUCUGUGCUAGUCAUUCAAAGGCACAGAAAGUUCUGCACCCAAAUGAAGGCAAUCAGGCACUCCAAGAGUUCCUUGCAGCACGAAAUCCUCGCCAGCAGCAUUCCUCAACACUGGAGUCAUAUCUUAUCAAGCCAAUUCAAAGAAUCCUCAAAUAUCCUUUGCUGCUUCAGCAACUGAGGAUCCUUACAGAUCCACAAGCUGAUGAACAUCAGCAUCUAGUGGAGGCUUUGAAGGGCAUGGAGAAAGUAGCAGAACACAUCAAUGAAAUGCAGAGGAUACACGAGGAAUACGGCGCAAUUUUUGAUCACCUCUUCCGGCAGCACCAGAAGUCAUGUAAACAGCCAAUAGAUUUGAGUCCUGGUGACCUUCUCUAUUAUGGAGGUGUGGAGUGGCUCAAUAUAUCAGACUUCCUGGGCAAGAUCAAGAAAGGUCUGGAGCUGCACGCAAUGUGCUUUGUGUUCAAGUCGGCUGUUGUGUUCCUGUGCAAAGAGAGACUCAGACAGAAGAAAAAGCUCAUGGGCGUAACAAGUAAGAGCAGCUCUAGUGAGGUGGAGAUCAUCCGCUAUCAGGUUCUCAUCCCAGUUACAGAAGUGCAAGUCCGAGCAAGCUCAGCCAAAGACAUGGACUCUCAUUUUCUAUGGGAACUGAUCCAUCUGCGCAGUCAGCUUCAGAGGAGGUCAGAGAAGGUGUAUGUACUGUCCAACAGCACUGCUGACUUCAGAAAUGCCUUCCUGAAGACAGUCCGGCAGAUCAUCAGAGAAAGUGUGCGGAAUAUGAGCAUCCCAGCUACAAAGCCAGGCACGAGUACAGGUAUAACAACGGGUGGUACUACCACGUCAUCUGCAGGUAGCACGAAAACAUCCAGUGAGAAUGUGCCAACAACAAGCAAAGGCAUUGUGAUCCUCCAAGGCUCACACACUCUGGGGAAACCUAAGAAACCGCCAAAAGGAACUCAGAGGCAUUCUGCAGGAAACAUUGAUUAUGACAACCUGGACACCAGCAGAGACUCUGCAGAGGACAUUGCACACGCUGGUAGUGGCAGCUUCAGAUCAAGAAGUAAAACUGUUAGCGAUGGGACAGAAGAUAUCACACCACACCGGCCUGACAGCGAUAAGAACUGUGACCCAGGCAGCAAGUCAGAGGGCGAGGAGGAUUCACAGAGCAAGGGGAAGGCAACGCUAGGACGUACGCCAAACCACCUGAGCCUGAGCACCACCUCAACUCUUUCAGCAGGCAGCACUGGCAGUCAGGCCCGACUCAUCCAGUCGUCGCAUCAGCCUGAGAACUAUCAGCCCACUGCAGUGAAGGACCUAGGUAAGCCAACCUGCAUGCAGUGCUACCUUUCGGGCAACUACAAGACUGAGUGAACGCGCCCUCCUGCUCCUAACCGAUUUCAACGACCAUUACAAGGAAGCUCAACUGUUGCUCAGCAGCGAGGUAGGUGCUUCAAGUGCCUUUGGGGCAGGAUGUAUGUUGUCGGAACGUCAAACAAAAUUACUAGUCUACGGGUCUGCCAGCCGUCAUCUUCUAGCUACAUUUGUGAUAGGGUGUUUCAGUGGUCCUGUAUUAAUAUUAUAAUACCAUUGGAACUGAAAUUACGCUCCUCUGUAUCAUGUGGUGCUCAAUUACAUCAGCAAGACAAAAUAUGGUGCUAACGGCAUAGACUAGAAUUAUAUUUCGUGAUAGUUUCCUGUUCAUGUGUCUGUAAGUUUUAUUUCAGGGUAUACCAUAAUGUUCACCUUUUCCCUGCACAACUUUGGGUGAGUUUUCUAUGCCGUAUUGAAAAUAAUGCGUGUGUAAGAUCACGAACACAUGCAUUAUUUUUACCCAGCCAUAAGUCAGAAUUUUUUUACUUUUAUUUCCAUGCAAGAAGGAAAACUGCACAGAUUAAACUCAAUUCAAGUUUCUACGAAAUUAUGAGUAUUGUCGCACUUUCGUUAUCAUUGCCACCGUACGCACCCACAGUUCAUCCAGUUCCAUAUAAACUAUUAGCUCUGCUUUU